AUGACUGAAUCAAACAACAGUAAUCUAGCUCCUGACUCGAACAUAUCAGUUCCAGUCGUGGAAGAGGGUAGUGGCAAGCCCACUGUGGAGAGCACGACGGAGGUCUCGUCGCCAGUGAAACCUGAUGCAAAAUCUGAUGCAAAAUCUGGGAGUACGGCGACUGGCGCUGUCGAAGCUACUUCCACGGAGAUGAAAGACGAGGUAUCAAAUGAAGGAGAUCAUAGACGUGAGCAGCGUCCACGAGUGAGUCUGGUCGUUCCUGACGCGACUGGUGGCUCUGAUGUGUCGACUCACAAGCCGUUGAAGCAUCCCAACCGUCUCAUGCCCAAAGGUCUCUCUACGCUAGGCGAUGAGAUGCCUCAAUAUACCAGGAGCGUAACCACAGCUAGUGGCUCACAGAGUGGGUGGAAUGCUACUAAGAGGGGAUGGAAUGCUAAGAAGGAUCGCUCCAAAAUUCUCGGCCGAGCAAUGACUCAUCAGGUCGGCUCUAACUACGACAGAGAGCUCCAUUGGCUCAAGCCGUAA